CACAUACACACAUUAGACUCAUCAAACAGGCAGGUUGAUAACGUGUACACAUACUGAAUGUACGUGAACUGAACAGCAACACGCGUCGUUUUAAUCGUGUGCCGCUCUGUGCCACUUUAGUCACCACCACUUGCGUGGCACUCGCUGCUCAUAUAUCAUACAGGCAGUGGUCAUCACACAUGUUGUGUGCGGGGUUGGAUAUCAUCACAUCAGGAAAAGUUGUGUUGGCACUGAUCUGCCUUUGCAUUUCUACACUGUGCUCGAGAAGUACUAGACACUAGGUAUGGGGAACAUGAUGCGACGAAAAUCCCGGUUGAUCUUGCUGAUGGCGCUUGCCUGGGUCGUGGGCAUGUUUCUGUACCUGCACAAUUCGCCAGAUGAAGACCAGGAAGUGCCAAAAGAAGCAGCCAAGCGCUUUAAAUUCAUAGUCGAGGAUCCUGGGAAGGACAAACUCGUCGUCGGGGAUGCUGGGAAGGUUGUCGGUUCGAACGGCAUAAACCAGCAUGGCCAGCCCAGCGAGCUGGACAAAUCUUGGCAGAACUUUGACCAGAAGGCCUACAUCGCCAAGACCCUGGUCAAGAAAGGGGAGGACGCCUACGCCAGGAACAAGUUCAACCAGAAGGAGAGCGACAAACUCAAGAUGGACAGGGACAUCCCGGACACCAGACAUGCACAAUGCAGAAAUAUUGACUGGCACCAUGUCCUACCAGCCACCACGGUUAUUAUUACGUAUCACAAUGAAGCUAGAUCAACGUUAUUACGAACAGUUGUCAGUGUUCUAAAAAAAAGCCCUCCUGAGCUGAUAGAGGAAAUCAUAUUAGUUGAUGAUUACAGUGAUGAACCACAAGAUGGGAAACUUUUAUUGGGCAUCGAAAAAGUAAGACUGAUCAGAAAUGAACGAAGGGAAGGCUUGAUUCGGUCCAGAAUAAAAGGUGCUGAUGCAGCCUCCAGCUCUGUCCUAACCUUUUUAGACAGUCACUGCGAAUGCAACGAGAACUGGCUACAGCCCUUGCUGAAGAGAAUACAAGAGAAUUAUAAAGCGGUCGUCAGUCCCAUCAUCGACGUCAUUAACAUGGACAACUUCCAAUAUGUGGCAGCCUCUGCAGACCUGAAGGGUGGCUUUGACUGGAAUCUGGUCUUCAAAUGGGAUUACAUGACGCCCACGGAACGAGCCAGUAGAAGAUCUAAUCCCAUUGCACCAAUUAGAACUCCAAUGAUAGCUGGGGGAUUAUUUGCAAUCUCCAAACAGUGGUUUGAAGAGUCCGGCAAGUACGACAUGAUGAUGGACGUCUGGGGUGGAGAAAAUUUAGAAAUCUCGUUUCGGGUCUGGCAGUGUGGUGGCACGUUAGAAAUCAUUCCAUGUAGUCGUGUGGGCCAUGUGUUCCGAAAGCAGCAUCCCUACACUUUCCCUGGAGGGAGUGGUAAUGUCUUUGCAAGGAACACAAAGCGAGCAGCAGAAGUGUGGAUGGAUGAAUAUAAACAGUUUUAUUAUGCCGCCGUGCCUUCAGCCAGAAACGUGCCAUAUGGAAGUAUAAAGUCUCGAGUAGAACUGCGGGAAAAAUUACAAUGCAAGCCCUUCAGCUGGUAUCUAGACAAUGUUUAUCCAGAGUUAAGAAUACCAGACAAGCAGGAUUUGGCCUUUGGUGCGCUACAGCAAGGGUCAAUGUGUAUGGACACGCUAGGCCAUACAGAAGACGGCGUUCUAGGAAUGUAUGAGUGUCACAACAGUGGUGGAAAUCAGGAGUUCUCCUUCACCAAAGAGAAGGUGAUUAAGCACACAGACCUGUGCUUGACGGCAUCAGACAGCACGUCAGGCUCAACAGUGUUAUUAAGAAGCUGCAAAGGUUAUCAUAGUUACCAGAAAUGGGAACAAGCCGAAAGCAACCGCAUUUUCAAACUUCAAGGCACCAACCUGUGCUUAGACAGUAAAGACGUCAAAACGAUAGGUCUGACGAUCCACACGUGUGAAAGGCGAGUCAUAACACAGCAGUGGAAAUUCUCCAUGGGCAACCUGAGACACUGACGGUAGCUGACCGUCCCUGUGUGUGGGUGCUUUUGUGUGUGUGUUUGUGUUAUUAACCGUCUGUUCGAUAAGGGAAUAUUCUUGGCCUUUUGCCAGCAUCUCACAGUGUUGAAGUCGGUGUAGUAGUCCAGUCCAUCGCAAGUCGUCGCGAGUACGUCACUAGUCCUCCAGUCUCAAUUCAAGUUACAAACUAUUUCAAAAGCAGUCCUAUGUAAUUGUUUAUCGAUCUGUGCUCGCGACUGAACUUAUGAAAGGACUUGUGAUUUACUUUUGACCACAUUUGUGGUGGACUUGUGAUGGACUCAAAUACAACAAUGCAUGACAACAAGUUCAUCACGAGUCCAUCAUAAGUCCGAUCACAAGCAAAUCACAAGAAAAUCACAAGCAAAUCACAAGUCCAGUCACAAGUAACAGGAUAAACAGUAACAACAGAAUGCCUUUUGUCACAGUUCAUUUAAAAAGCUUGUGACUGGACGGCUUGUGAUGGACUUGUGAGGGUUUGUUUUGGACUCAUCUACCGCAACGACCUCAGUGAUUAUGCAGUCGGGUGCCAGACUUAAGGUUUGGUUGUAUGUAUUGUGAAUAAGUAUGAGGGUCUGGUACCAAGACAUGCUCAUUAAAGCCUGGUGAUGCACUGCCACAUUUUGCGUUGACAGUACCAAUGUAUAAAUCGUCAAAUAUUCUCUCGUUUACCCCACAUCGAAGAAGGGAAAUAUUUUAUCAAAAAUUUAAGCAAAUGCAAAACAGGAGAUUUUAGUGUUUCAGUCAAAGCAUAAUGGUACCAGUGUUCCAUUGAACCUUGCAAACUUAACCAACUACAUGCUGCUAAAACUUUUGAUGAAACAAAAUCUAAUAUAUGUCACCCGGUUGUUUAUACAUUGACUUAAAAGAAUCAGGGAUAAAACCCAUCUUACGAUUCUUUAGAAUAACAAACCAAGCCUGAGAAUAUUCCCUGUUGAAAUUUUUAGAUUAAAAAAAAAAAUUUUAAAUUGAAAAAAAAAAGAAAUUAAAAAUGAAGAGUACUUUUUGGAAAAGUGUGUACGAUUUGAUGGCCAAGCCAUUGUUUUCAAAAUGACAAAUUUCAAGAGGAGUGCAGUGUGCUCAAUCUUUUUCUACGUCAGCACUUCAUUGUUUUGCAAAUAGUUUGGAAGAUCGCCACAAGCGAAAAUAAAAUCUGAACUUUAAUUAGGCGUUUCUUGCAUAGUCAAUCUAGGUGUUCAGUUUAUUAGCUAUAAUUGCUUGAGGCAUGUAUAAAUUCCAACUCACAGUGGCCAAAGAGAUUAGUUUUACACUAAAACAAUGUGUUGCUUUGUCAACAUUUAUUCAGUUUUUUUUAAAGCCCAAUCUAAACAGUACUUUGGGUGAUUGCAUGGAAUCAAAUACAAACAGAGAUUUGAUUGUGUUGCAAAUCUGAAAGAAUGUUUUUUUUGGGGGUCAAUUUUUGGGUUACCAAAUCUGGAUGAACCGUACACUUCAGGGGCAUGUACAUGUAUAGGCCUUUAUCAUGCUGCCACCAUUUCAGUCAUGUUCCCUGUAUCCAAUAUCGGUACUGAAUGUUAAUGUUUUUUGUGCAAAAAGGAACCAGACUAUUUUUCCUUCCAGCCUCGCUUUGGUUACGUUGAUUUGAAUGGGGAAAAAAACAAGAUGGCUGCAACAUGACAUUAAUCUAUUAGGACUCUCAGUUGAGCAUUAGUCACAUAGAUUCUCCUGCCCCAGUCUCGUAUGGGUGGGGCCUAAAAAGGGAUAAUCAAGCAAUAUCAAAGGGGGGGGGGAGUGUGUGGAGGCAUCUACUCCCCCACCCACCCCAUUUGAUCAGCCUGUAACACUCUUUGAUCUGCCAGGGGGCCAAGGAACCUCAUGUCAAUUGACGGUCUCGAUCUUCCCCCCCCCCCCCCCUCCUCAAGAUGUUAUUCUGAUGGAAUUAUGUUUUUGAGCCUUUUAUUGCUUAAGGCAAGAAGUCAUGAUCAUUUUUCUUCUGUCAUUUCCAAGUAGGCUGACCAAAGAAGAACAUGUAGUUAUAGUUGUGAAUUUUGUUAUCAAGAUGUACAAAAGUUGAUUUGAGUUUUGUUUUUUAAAGGGUGCAAUUAAUUGAAAAAACGUAGUAAAUGCUUUUUUCCCCCCUGUUUUUUCCAUUUACAUCUCUGUCAAUUUUCCUCUCUUACUUGCUCAUCGAGUUUGGAGUGGUUUGGAAAUCCAACUAUUUUUGCUGAAGAAAGGAUACUUGUCAUAAAAGUGGCAAAACUACUAAGACUAGAAGGUAUUUCAACACAAUUGCCUGUGGAUGCUUUUUGGAAUUUUCCCAAAAUCUUGGGAAUUUUCCUGAAAUCGUAGGAAUUCGGACCAAGACUUGGGAAAGGUUUUCCAAGUCUUUGGAUUGAGAAGAGUUUCUGCAUGCGUACAAUGCUUUUUGCAGCAGUUUUGCGAGCCCUAUGUUAAAAGAGUGUACUCUUGCAUUGCAAAAAAGGGCAGUGCAGCAAAAAUCAUCUUGACUGUCUUGGGAAAUCUUUGGAAAUACUGCAGUCAAUAUCUUGGAUUUUCAAAUUUGGUGAGUGGCCAUAUCAGACAUUGUCUAAAGGCUUAUACAGCGGCUAAAAGCUCAUACAGCAAGCCCAAGUUUUGUGCACAUACAGGCUUUGACCUGUGCAAACCUUAUAUGUUUGUAUUUGCCAUCUUUAUCAAUAAAGUGCACUUUAAACUUGGCACGUGUGAAUCAUGGACAUCUUUUAGAAACAAAAAACUAGACCUGACAUUCGCCUGAUUUUUCUGACCAUAAAUUUGAACUCUCAUGGUGGGCGCAUGAAUGAGCAAGAGAAUGGUCGCACGACGUGUGUUAUUUAUGAUAACAAUGAGCCUUCGCCGUAACAUGGCAGUUAUAGAAGGCACAGUUUUCUGGUCAGAAACCCACAGCGUAAAAAAAAGGCUUGACAGGUAUAGGUUCUUUUAAAAGAUGUCUGUGGUGUCAAUCAACCCAAGGCGCCCCCAAUAGUUUCUAAUUGGACAGGUGUUAAAUGGUGACCUUAAAAAAAAGAUGAGAUCAUCUCGCAGGAUACGUUGUUGGUUUCUUACAAUCCUCCUCUUUUUUCCCCUACGCUAUUCUUUACAGGGAGAGCAGUGUAAUUGUAGACUUCAAAGUUUUUAAAUGCCUUGCCAAUUUUCCAAAAAAAAAAUUAAAAAAAUUAUAAUAAAACAAAAUUGUAAAUUGAUAUAUAAUUUUAAAAUCAGUAAUCAUCAGUAGUUUUUAAUCAGUGGGAGAAAGAUGAUGUCUGAUUUAUGAAGGUGCAAAUUUUUAUAUCUUAGUAUUGAGGGCUACAAAUAACUUAAAAUGCUCCACCAAUUUAUUCAUCCAAUUUCUAAUAAGAAGGUUUCUCUUUAUAAAUUUUAUUUAAUUUUAGUUAAGAUGUGAUUUUUGUUGGAAGAGUCUUGAACUGAGAAUCUACAACCCUCUUCUAUGUAUUUGUUUAAAUUUUUCUUUUAAAUUAUGUUAUCUGAGUAUUUUCUCUUUAUUUUAAUGUUCUUCAACCUAAAUAUGAUAGGAUUUAGUAGCGUCUGAUAUAUGAAAUAUAGAUGGCACUUUCUAUAUCGUCAUUUUGGUCACUCCCAAAAAGCUGCAUUGCACAGUUUAAUAUGUACUUAUCGCAUGAAGUUAAGAUGUGAUCAUUUUAUUGAGCAGUAUUGGUGCACACACAAAAAAAGGCAAGAUGUCCACUGAUGCAAUCGUACACGAUACAGUACAAUUUUUGUUGAGUACCGGCUUUUACCGGAAUGAGUUUCUAAUUCCAAUGCACUCCUUAAUGCAGUCGUCCUCCAAGAGUGAUUAUGAAUAGCAAACCACCUACACAACAAAUGAAGAAAAAUCAUUUGAAGUCAUUCUUAAUGAUACUUGUAAAUUACAAAGUACCAAGGUAACAGGGACAGGAAAAAUGUCACACUUUGGACCCUAAAUUUAUAGAACGAUCCACGACCACAUCAUGCUUGUUAAUAUCUGGCGAAAUAAAAUAGUUGCACAGGUUUGUCUUCAGUUAGGGGCAAGAAAGCCCGAUCAUCAUGAUUGUACAUAUGUGUUAUAUGAAGCAUAUGUCACAUGAAUGGUAAAAGAUAUGUGGCAUCGUGCAGACUUUUCUACCAAGGUGACUGUUAUAAAUCUGCAUAUACACUUUGUCGGCAGAUAGAGAUUAAAACAAUUUUGAACCCAGAUCUCAUCAGGGAAAUAUGAAUUAAUCGGCCGUAAAGGUAUCCGUCCAUUUUGUGGUGAUUUUAACACACCGGUAAUUCAGGCACAUCUAAACUGGUCAUUUUUCCUCUAUGCAGGCUCGGACUAAUUAUCAUAAGUGGUGUCAUAUGUACUCAGUUUAUGCUAAUUUGAAAUGCCAACAUGGGUACGGUAUACAUAUAUAAGGCAGAACAAUGACAAAUUAGUAGAAUAUGUGUAAUAAUUGUGAAUUUUAAUGUACAAAAUUCUCUACAUGUCAUUUAUUGCCAUCUUGCAAUUGCUCAUGCAUGUUAAACAUCUGUGCUCAACAAACUGGGCGUGGACGCUAGUAAAAAGGUUUUCAUUUUUUUCCCUUUUAAUAUACAAGGCGAUUUUUGCUUCACAAAAUUAUUCAAGUCAAGAUAUUGUAAGUGAAAUCAGCUGGAUUAUGAGUUGAACCUGUUUCAGACUCGAGUUGCAGAGUUGCGCCGAACCAAAUUAUUCCAAAGUUUUCACUUUAAGAACUGGAAAAGUUAACUUUUGAAACAGUAAAGAACUACUUCCUCUAAAGAUCAACUGUUGAAGUCGUUCAGAACGACUCCAAGAGUGUCUUGGUUCUCUAGUCAAUGGGAAAUUAAUACAUAAGGUUCGCCUGUCUUAAAGUCGAUUUGAGUCGGCUUGAGUCAUCUCUAAUGCUUUUUGGUUCGGCAGGAUUCUUGAAUGUCAAUCUGAAACGGAUGUUAAGGACUCCGUGCACGAGUACUCCCUCAAUGAUUAUAAAGAGAGAGUAGGGAAGGACCACUGACAUCACAAUGGGACGAAAAGACACUAGUACGCAUUGGCGCCGUACACCAACCGCUAGCGUGGGAACGCUUCAGGUUUAUGCACAUUUAAUUAAGAAGUUAUUUGUGAGCACUUGAUGUCAUCUGUGCCUGAACCAAUAGACUUUUGUGCGUGCACGCAGUGAGUUCCUAAAAAUGUAAUCUCUGCAGCGUUCAAAAAGCACCAUCUGCUGUUCGUGCACGAAGUCCUUACUGCUCAACAGCAAAUCUUGUUGAGUAUGUACAGGGUGGUCCCCCCUCCCCCCAAAAAAAGUUUACACGUUUUCAAAUGCAGAUUUCUUGGAAUGUUUCAAGGUAUUCCUAAACUACAGCAUCUUCAUGGUAUAUGGUGAACACGGCGCUGGAAAUAAAGCCUAAAUUAAGAAAUGGCGAUGGUUUAAAGAUGGUCAAAAACCAGUUUGUCCACAUGCAAGUCUAUGAGAUAUGGUCAACACAAUACCACUGCAUGCACAAAGAACUGCAUUAAUUGUAAUUUGGUCUACAUGACUGCCAUAGACGCGAACAAACUAGUUUUUGACCAUUCUUCUGUAAAUAGCCACUAUUUCCUACUAAAUUGAGCUUUAUUUUCAACGCCGUUUUCACCAUAUACAACAAGAUCUUGUAGUUUUAAGCAAUAUCUUAAACAAUUUCAACAAGUCUCUUCAAUUACAAGAAAACUGCCUCUGAAAAGUGUAAUCUUUUUUUCCCCUGCUCUUGCCAAUUGCUGCUUUCAGCUGCCCUACAAACACGCCGUAGAAUGACUCAUGUUUUCUUUUCACCAAGUCUGUUGUGCACACAUUUGAAAUGUGCAUCAGGCAUUUGUAAGAGACAGACACUCAAAUAAUGUACAUAAACCAGUCCCAAGUUCUUGUAAAGGUAAUUUGUCACACCAUAAUUGCAAUGAUGACACUUUUGUAAAGAACAUCAUUACAUCUGCAUAGUUCACUGCACAUAACAAUUCAUGUAUGUCGAUAUUUAUCCUAAAUUGGGUUUUUGAGUUGGUCAGUAUCCCCCAUUUUUUGUUCCUUUACAUUACUGAAGCAUGGAUGACUGAAAUCUCGUUACAACCCCUGGUCCUUUUCACAACCACACUUUCAUUUUAAAACUUGGUCACUGCAAAAUUCUCCCAAGUUUAACCCCUAACAAUUCAAAGCAUCAGAUCACUUUCGCUUUCAUUCGUUAUCAAAACACCCUCUCACAGUUAUAUAAAUACUGUACUCAGUGUUUUUGGGAACCAUACUCACACAAUGUUGUUUUUUAGUUGGUUGUGCAUUUUGUGAAUAUCACAUAUCGUCAGAUGGAUGUUUUGGCUGUUGAUUGAGACUUAAACCUGCAGAGGAGUCAUGCAGAGGAGUCAACCGUACUCGGAAAUGUUGAGAAACGUUUUGUAUUCAUGAUAUCACAAAGAGACCCCAUAAAGAUAUGUAUUGGAAUGUGUUUGUAAUAAAACAUUUUAGGCCUUAAAAAUGUUUUUCAUGUUUUCUUAAGUAAAUCAAUUUCCUUAUCAGUACAGGUUUCUUUACAACUCAAAAGACUGACAAUUGAUGGGCCGAAAUUAUUUGAACUGAUCUUUCUGUGUACACAGAGGCUCAAGUUAAAUGUAUUGAUACGCCUAUCUACUAUAGCCUGUAUUGUUUCUUAAAAUCUGGUGUUUUACUUUAUUUGUGCCAUUGUAAAAUAAGCGCAAAUAUUUAUGUAGGUCUAAUAAUAACAUGUGGGUGUGUCACUGAAAGUGUGUAAUUGAUGACUAAAGAGAAAUGUUCCCGAAUAUUUUUUCAAAGAAAUAUAUAAAAUUGAUUAAAAUGAUGAAAUAAAAAUCUGAAGAAAAA